AAAAAAAAAAAAAACAUUUUAGGUUAUAUUUUUGAGGUUAUCGAAAUAAAAAUACUGAGUUUCGUAGUAUUUGAUCAUUUUAAACGGCUACAUUAAAAUGUUUGCCACAGUGAGACUAGCUAGAUGUUUGCGUCCUACCCAAAUAAAGCUAAAAUCAUUACGAUUCUAUAGUGCAACUGAAACUGGUAAUGAGCAAAUACCUACAGAUGGGGGUUCUGAUAAAGUUGGAGGAUUCGCUAAAGCUUUUGAAAAGCAGUCUCACAUGUUAGAGCCACAGGAAAAUGAACAGAAUUACACUUUUGCCACAUUGCUACGAAAUUCCAAACUUAUGGAUUUGGGUGACCCUGAAAACAAAAUAGUAAUUGGAAAAAUAUUUCACACAGUUGAAGAUGACUUGUACAUUGACUUUGGCUGGAAGUUCCAUUGUGUCUGCACUCGGCCUAGCAAUCGGGGAGAGGAAUAUGUCAGAGGUGCUAGAGUGAGAUUGCAGGUCAAAAACCUGGAGCUGUCCUCACGGUUCCUUGGCUCCAACACUGACUUAACGCUGCUGGAAGCUGAUUGCAAGUUACUAGGUAUAGUGUCCUCCCCAGUUCGAGCAACUCCUAAUGAAAAGUGAAUGAUAUUGUAAGUACCUGUUAGCAUAUUAAAUAGUUCAAAUAAAAUAUUAUGUAGAUUUA